CAAACACACAAGUGGAUGGACCAGACUGACGCUUUGCUCGGGUGUGCGCGUGCUUGUGUGAUAGUGAAUCAGGUCACCGAGCACGCGGACUUGUGUCAGCCUGCAGUCAGUUUUGUUCAUAGGUUUUGUUUACGGAGAAAGGAAAAGGAAAGUAAACAGAUGCUUAAUCUAACCGAGAAGAACAGUGAUUCUCUUCGUACAGUACCUGUAUAUAGUCGGAGAAGUAUAUCAGGAUGUACCCAACCUCCUGGAACACUUUUGUAGCCUUGCCUCCAUCUACAGAGGGUCAGCGGAUCGUCUUCGGGAAGAACUCGGACAGACCCUGCGAUGAGGUUCAAGAGGUGGUCUACUUCCCUGCUAAGAAACACGAAGAAGGAGAAAAAGUCGAGUGUACAUAUAUAGAGAUCGAGCAGGUGGCUCAGACGCAUGCGGUGGUCCUGAGUCGUCCCGCCUGGCUGUGGGGGGCAGAGAUGGGGGCAAACGAGCAUCAGGUGUGCAUCGGGAACGAGGCGGUUUGGGGGAAAGAGAGUGUGGAUGGUCAAGAGGCUCUCCUGGGCAUGGAUCUCGUCAGGCUGGCUCUGGAGAGGGCUGACACUGCGGAGCAUGCCGUAGACGUGAUAACAGAUCUACUGGAGAAACACGGCCAGGGAGGGAACUGUAUGGAGGAUGAGUGUGGAUUCACAUACCACAACAGCUUCCUCAUAUCAGACCGCAGCGAGGCCUGGGUGCUGGAGACUGCUGGGAAAUACUGGGCAGCGGAGAGAGUGGAGGCCGGCUACCGGAACAUCUCCAAUGAAUACUCCAUUACGACUAAGAUCGACAGGGAGCACCCGGAGCUGAGGACGUAUGCACAGGAGCAGCACUGGUGGAACAGGAAGGCUCCGUUCAACUUUGCUAAGGUUUACUCCUACUCCAAUACAGCCCGGAUCGAGGCGGCCGAGGGACGCUGCAGCGAGGGACGCAAGCUUCUGCAGAAGAGCCACAUCACAGCAGAGACCAUGAUGGAUAUUUUGAGGGAUAAGAAAAGCGGAAUCAAUAUGGAGGGACUGUUCAUGACGACAGGAAGUAUGGUGUCCGUCGUCCCGAAAGACCCGAAUUUACCCGGAGUCCACUUCUUCACUGCUACUCCAGAUCCUGAAAGGUCUGUCUUUAAGCCGUUUAUUUUUGUGGUGGACAUAAAGCAGCUGAAGCACACGUGUUCUCCGUGUUUUGGGGAGGAGGAUCCUGUGAAGAAGAAACCCCGUUUCCAGAGCAAACCCAACCGCAAACACCCUCUGUUCCUGAAACACGAGGUGGCCGCCGCCAUCAUCGACAGCACCAGGGAGAGAGGACAGAAGAUCAAAGAGAAGAUGAGAGAUCUGGAGAAGAGGAAGCUUGCAGAGAUGGAGAAAUAUCUAACGGAGGGGAUUGAAGAUGCAACGCUGCUGGUUCAUCUCUUCACAGACACUGUAGGGGAGGAGUUUAGUAUCUACAUGAGUUAGAAGGAACUGGAUUAUUGGGUGUUUCUUUAGCUAUGGGCACUAUGGACACGAAAACACACUUUGUUACCUGUUUCACUAAAUUGCAGCUUGGAAUGGAAGCAUAAUAAUAAAUAUUUCUGAUUUCUCUGUA